AUAUGUAAAUAUUAUUAUAGGCAUAUUUUUCCACAUGCAAGUACGCACAAGUAUUUCAUAGAUUUGGUAGUCACUUUUUUGGUUAAAAAAAUGUCUGUAGAUGAGCUAAAUGGCUCCGAACUGGGUACAAAGGAAUAUUGGGACUGCAGCUAUGGUCGUGAAAUAAAAAAUUACAAAAACCAUGGCGAUGUUGGAGAAAUAUGGUUUGAUGAAGAUUCUCAAAUUCGAGUAGUGAACUGGAUACUUAAGCAAGACAAUAUCUCCACAGAUGUAAAAAUCGUUGAUGUGGGCUGUGGCAAUGGCAUGAUUUUAAUUGAAUUGGCCCGAGAGGGGUAUACUGAUUUACUUGGAGUAGACUACUCCCAAAAUGCGAUUGAAUUAGCUAGAGAAAUUGCUAAGGAUCAAGAGUUAAACAUCCGUUAUAAAGUCGCCGAUUUGUUGAAUACAGAAGUAUGUCUGCAAGAAAUAGGUACUUUUGGAAUUGUACACGACAAAGGUACUUACGACGCCAUCAGCUUAUGCCCAGACAAUCCCAAGGAGAAACGGGAAGCUUACCUUCGUACCAUUCAAAAAAUUAUGGAUAAGAACAGUGUAUUUAUUAUAACAUCGUGCAAUUGGACCGAAGAUGAGCUUCUAAUUAGUUUUGGGGAUAUGUUCCUAAAGAAGUGUACAAUUCCAACACCAUCAUUUAAAUUUGGAGGGAAAGUCGGUAGUGUGGUCACUUCCAUCGUUUUUACAAAAAAAUAAAUAAGUAGAUUAUUAACAUUCAAA